AUGGUCAAACUAACCGUGGUCACCGGUGCCAGUGCUGGCUUGGGGCUAGAAGUCACUCGGCAAUUGUUACAACUGAACAUCUCAACCGUCAUCCUUGCUGUCCGGAAUGUAGCCAAGGGUGAAGGUGUUGUGAAACAGUUACGUGGUGAACCUCGCAUUAAGAGCCACAAUCCCAAUGCCACUAUAAAAGUCAUGGAACUCGACGUCGACAGAUACGACAGCGUACAGCGAUUCGCCAAGCGACUCCGUGACGAAGUCCCUAUCGUCGACAUCCUUAUUCUCAACGCGGGCAUCGGUUUAUUCAAACUCGAACGGAGCCCUAGCGGUCACGAUCGAAUCAUCCAGGUCAAUUAUUGCUCCAAUGCGCUUCUGAUUGCUGAGUUGCUACCAUACCUCGAGGCCUGCGCGGAAAAGACCGGCUCGCCUACCCUCAUCACCUGGGUCGGUAGUCGAACAUAUGAGGCGACGAGUCUCCGGAAGACCCCUCUCCAACCCGACGAACGUAUCCUCGAACAUAUGGACAGUGAAGAAUUCUUCUCCCCAUUCACGAGAUACGGUGAUUCCAAGCUGCUUUGCCUUCUCUUCAUGUACAGUCUUGCGCCUCGACUCAAUCCUAAGAAGGUUAUUAUCAAUAUGCUGUGUCCGGGAAUGGUUCAAACCAACAUGAGUAGUGUGCUCCCUUUCUACCUGCGGGUAGUGGUAAAUACCGUCAAAGCAAUUCGCGCUCGACCUGUGGAGGUGGGAGGCUGGAUCAUUCUCAAUGCGGCCCUGAUUGUAGGGCCUGAAUCGCAUGGAAAGUUCUUUUCUGACAAGGAGAUUACUGUUGACAACGAGUACAUUUCAUCAUCCGCCGGCCAGGAGACACAGAAGAAGCUCUGGGAGGAGACUAUCGCGGAACUUAGCCAGCUCACCACACUUCCACCACAGUUCAAAUAA